UAAGCGGCUGACAGGCGGGCGGGAACGCGCAGAAGCUUCGGGAUUGGGACCUGUCAUUUGUUUUGUGGCGCGAAGAAACGGACGAUAAGAGGCCAAAAACAUGAGGGAAAUCGUGCACCUGCAGGCGGGCCAAUGCGGAAACCAGAUAGGAGCAAAGUUCUGGGAAGUUAUCAGUGAUGAGCAUGGAAUUGAUCCUACAGGGGCUUACCAAGGAGACAGUCAUCUGCAGCUGGAAAGAAUUAAUGUCUACUAUAAUGAAGCUUCAGGUGGAAAGUAUGUUCCCAGGGCAAUUCUUGUGGACCUGGAGCCUGGUACAAUGGAUUCUGUUCGUUCCGGCCCUUUUGGGCAAAUCUUUAGACCUGACAACUUUGUUUUUGGUCAGAGCGGUGCUGGGAACAACUGGGCCAAGGGUCACUACACAGAAGGUGCAGAGUUAGUGGACUCUGUUAUGGAUGUUGUAAGGAAGGAGUCUGAAAGCUGUGACUGUCUGCAGGGUUUCCAGCUCACCCACUCAUUAGGAGGGGGCACUGGUUCUGGAAUGGGAACCCUGUUAAUUAGCAAGAUCCGCGAAGAGUACCCCGAUCGAAUUAUGAACACCUUUAGUGUAGUGCCCUCCCCUAAAGUAUCUGACACUGUAGUAGAACCAUACAAUGCCACACUUUCUGUACACCAGUUGGUAGAAAACACUGACGAAACCUACUGCAUAGACAAUGAGGCCCUUUAUGAUAUCUGCUUCCGCACUCUCAAGCUCACCACUCCAACCUACGGUGACCUCAAUCACCUGGUUAGUGCCACCAUGAGUGGUGUCACCACCUGCCUUCGCUUCCCAGGGCAGCUUAAUGCUGACCUUCGUAAGCUGGCUGUUAACAUGGUUCCCUUCCCACGUCUCCACUUCUUCAUGCCAGGGUUUGCCCCCUUAACCAGCCGAGGCAGUCAGCAGUAUCGUUCCCUGACAGUACCAGAGCUAACCCAGCAGAUGUUUGACUCCAAGAAUAUGAUGGCUGCCUGUGACCCAAGACACGGGCGAUACCUGACAGUGGCUGCAGUGUUCCGUGGCCGCAUGUCUAUGAAGGAAGUCGAUGAGCAGAUGCUUAAUGUCCAGAACAAGAACAGCAGCUACUUUGUAGAGUGGAUACCCAACAAUGUCAAAACAGCAGUGUGUGACAUCCCACCCCGAGGUCUGAAAAUGGCAGCCACCUUUAUCGGCAACAGCACUGCCAUCCAGGAGUUGUUUAAGCGCAUAUCUGAGCAGUUCACAGCCAUGUUCCGACGUAAGGCCUUUUUGCAUUGGUACACAGGAGAGGGGAUGGAUGAGAUGGAGUUUACAGAAGCUGAAAGUAAUAUGAAUGACCUGGUAUCCGAAUACCAACAGUACCAAGAUGCCACAGCUGAGGAGGGAGAAUUUGAAGAAGAGGGAGAGGAAGAAGUUGCCUAAAACCUUAUUUACAGAGUGUAUCAUUUUGCCAACCCCCCUCCCAUUUCCCUUCUUUUUUUAAUAUCUUCAUCAGACAUGUCACUCCAUUUCUGUGAGAAACAGCAGAGUCUCGGAAUAUGCAAUGAAGAGUUGAACGGUUACAACUGUCUGACCAAUUACAAUUACUGUAAUGAUCAUUGUUAGGGAAGUAGCUUGUUCUUAGGAAUAACAUAAAUGGUAUUGCCCCACAAUGGGCAUUUCACUGCCCGAUAGCCAAUUUUUUUGUUAUACAGAAUGUCAGAGGGACUGUUAGCGCGCAGCACCAGUAGGGGAUGCCAUGUAGUACUGUUUCUAGCACCCAUUCCCAAUUUCCAAUUGUAUUUUACAUUUAUAUUAAGCUGCUUCAGAAAAAGGCUCUGCUGCCAACAUUUCUCAUUGCCAGCGUCCCCGAGACCAUCCCCCUGCUGUGCUGUAGCUUUUUGCAACCUUUUCUGCUCCUAGUUUCAGCACUGCUGGGGUUAACUGAAAGCACUUGCCUCUUGUGGUCUCCGUGCAAAUAGUAAUGUCACACCUUUAGCUCAUGAGCAUAACUUUUCCUAUUUCUAACACUUGCGCUGCUGCCACUUUUUAAUUUUGCUGGUUACUGAGGGCUGACCAGAAUUGAGAGGAACAGGGUUUCCACUACACUGCCUUUUGCAGCCACUAGAAAUAAACAUGUCAGGGAAGAGGUUAAGAUGAUAGCCCUAUGUGCUGUUUAACACAGAUGUGGAAUAUACUGAGAGGGCAGAACUUUUUUCCAAGAUGCAGAUCAGACGGUUGUGCUGUCCAGAAAGCUUCAUCCUCUCUUACCUCUCUGUGUUCUGUACAGUUUGGUUCUGUGAGUACAUACAUGUGAUUUGUGAAUCUGUGGCCCGAGUCAUUGGACGUGUUGCACAUGGUGGAAGCACUUGCUCUAGCAAAGUAAUCAUGUUUGUACAUUACACAACUGAAUAAACGCCUGUGCUCAAUCAAA